GUCUGUUUACUUUGCUUUACGUCCACCGACAGCUGGUUGCCGGUAAAACGGGGCAGGCCACGGCUCUCGGUAAAGUUUGACACUAACACCAGCGAUUCUUCCGUCAGGACAAACGCAGCCAACGUCGCACAAAACACAUUUCUGACCAGUUUUUCCCCACCAAUGAGCCUUUUAUUUUGAACGUGGUGACCGGAAGCUGUGUUUGUAACUCCUGGAGGUUUGACCCACAGUGGAUGCAGAUACUAACGCUUGGCUGAGUUUAGGGCACAAACGUUAGCUAGCGCUACAUGUAUGUGACAGUAAAAACACAGAAGGAACCGUGGAACUGAACACAUAUGGAUCCUAACCGGAUAAUCCAGGCUCUGAAAGGGACUAUCGACCCUAAUCUGAGGAUAGCGGCGGAGAAUGAACUCAAUCAGUCCUACAAGAUUAUCAACUUUGCACCGACCCUGCUUCAGAUCAUUGUGUCGGAGCAGGUGGAGUUUCCUGUUCGCCAGGCAGCGGCCAUUUACCUGAAGAACAUGGUGAGUCAGUACUGGCAGGACAGGGAGCCGUCUCUGGGCGAGGUCGUCUUUCCCUUCAACAUCCACGAGAAUGACCGGCAGCAGAUCAGAGACCACAUUGUGGAGGGCAUCAUCCGCUGUCCAGAGUCCAUACGCGCCCAGCUGACCAUGUGUCUGCGAGCCAUCAUCAAACACGACUUCCCCGGCCGCUGGACCGCUAUCGUGGACAAGAUCGGCAUGUACCUGCAGUCUCAGAACAGCGGCAGCUGGUACGGCAGCCUUCUGGCUCUCUACCAGCUGGUCAAAACCUACGAGUACAGGAAGGCAGAUGAGAGGGAGCCAUUGCUGGCAGCCAUGCAGAUCUUCCUGCCGAGGAUCCAACAGCUCAUCAGCCAGCUGCUGGUCGACGCCACUAUCUUCUCUGUCCUCAUCCAGAAACAGAUCCUUAAGAUCUUCCACGCUCUUGUACAGUACUCGCUGCCUCUCCAGCUGAUCAACAACGCAGUGAUGACCCAGUGGAUGGAAAUCCUCCGAGCCAUAAUGGACCGCGACGUCCCCGCUGAGACGCUGGAGGUGGAUGAGGACGACCGUCCUGAGCUGGCGUGGUGGAAGUGUAAGAAGUGGGCGUUGCGCAUCAUUACCAGACUGUUUGAGCGGUAUGGGAGCCCUGGAAAUGUGACAAAGGAGUACUACGAGUUUGCAGACUUCUUCCUGAAGACAUAUGCAGUGGGCAUACAGCAGGUCCUGCUGAAAGUGGUGGACCAGCACCGACAGAAGCACUACGUUACUCCUCGCGUCCUGCAACAGUGCCUCAACUACCUCAACCAGGGCCUGUCACACUCCCUGACCUGGAAACAGAUGAAGCCACACAUGCAGACCAUAUGCCAAGAGGUCAUCUUCCCUCUCAUGUGUUACAAAGACGAGGAUGAGAAGCUCUGGCAGGAAGACCCCUACGAGUACAUACGCAUGAAGUUCAACCUGUAUGACGACCACGCCCUCCCAGCCACAGCUGCUCAGAGCCUCCUCUGUAAAGCUGCCCGCAAAAGGAAGGAGGUUCUUCCUCAGAUGAUGGAGUUCUGCCACCAGAUACUGAUGGACCCCUCUGCUGACCCCCGCAGGAAGGACGGAGCACUGCACUGCAUCGGCGCUCUGGCUGAACUCUUACUGAAGAAGCGGAUGUACAGGGAGCAGAUGGAGCUGAUGCUGCAAAACUAUGUCUUCCCAUUGCUCAACUCUCCCAUGGGUUACCUGCGAGCCAGAUCCUGUUGGGUGCUCCAUUCAGUCAAUUCAUGCUGGGUGCUCCACUGCUUCAGCCCACUGCGUUUCCACGAUGACCUGGUGCUGAGGAACGCUGUGGAGUUGGUCAAACAGGAUCUGAUUGAUGACAAAGAGAUGCCCGUCAAGGUGGAGGCCGCCAUCGCUCUGCAGACACUGGUCAGCAACCAGGAACAAGCCAAGCUGUACAUCAGGCCGUACAUCAGGCCGGUCAUGCAGGAGCUGCUGCAUGUAGUGAAAGAGACGGAGAAUGACGACCUGACCAACGUCAUACAAAAGAUGAUCUGCGAGUACAACCAGGAGGUGGCCGCCAUUGCUGUAGACAUGACACAGAACCUGGCGGAGAUCUUCACCAGGGUCCUUCAGAGUGAGGAGUAUGAGGAGAACGAAGACAAGACUGUCAUGGCUCUUGGCAUCCUUAGUACCAUUGACACCAUCCUCACUGUCAUGGAGGACCACAAGGAGAUCACUCAGCAGCUGGAAGGGAUCUGUUUGCAGGUGAUCGGCCUGGUCUUGCAGAAGCCCAUCAUAGGUAUGGCAGAGUUCUAUGAGGAGAUCCUGUCGCUGGCGUUCGGCCUCACCUGUCAGACCAUCUCUCCCCAGAUGUGGCAGCUCCUGGGCGUCCUGUAUGAGGUCUUCCAGCACGACUGCUUUGACUACUUCACAGAUAUGAUGCCUCUUUUGCACAACUACGUUACCGUGGAUACGGACAUGCUCUUGUCCAACCCAAAGCACUUAGAGGUCAUCUACAGCAUGUGCAAAAAGGUGCUGACCAUAGAUGCGGGUGAAGACGCAGAAUGUCAUGCUGCCAAACUGCUGGAGGUCAUCAUUCUGCAGUGCAGAGGCAGAGGCAUUGACCAGUGCAUCCCUCUGUUUGUGGAGGCAGUCCUGGAGCGUUUGAUGCGGGGGGUGAAGUCCAGCGAGCUGAGAACCAUGUGCCUGCAGGUGGCCAUCGCUGCUCUGUACUACAACCCAGCCCUGCUCAUCCACACUCUAGACAACAUGCACUUCCCACACAACCCGCAGCCCAUCACCGCCCACUUCAUCAACCAGUGGAUGAAUGACACCGAGUUCUUCCUGGGGCUUCACGACCGUAAGAUGUGUAUCAUCGGCCUGAGUGUGCUGAUGGAGCUGCCCAGCCGACCCGCCGUGCUGGAAGGAGUCGCCGCCCAGAUCGUCCCCUCCAUCCUGCUCCUUUUCCUGGGCCUCAAACACCUCUACGCCUCCCGCCUCAUCAACAAACCAGACCUGCUGGCCCGCGCGGGGCCUCAGGAUGAAGACCAGAACGAGGAGAUUCCCAGCGACGAGGACGAGGUGAAUGAGAACCGAAAUGCAAUGCAGCAGCAGUCCAGCACGCCGACAGGUCAGGGCGGCGAGGAUGACGAUGAAGACGAAGACGACUACUGGGAUGACGACGGCUUUGAGGGAACGCCCCUGGAGGAGUACAGCACGCCCCUCGACUACGACAACGGAGAGGACGAGUAUCAGUUCUUCACCUCCGCCCUGCUCAGGGUCCAGAACACUGAUGCUGCCUGGUACCAGAGUCUAACGGCUCCCCUCAGCGACGACCAGAAGAAGCAGCUGCAGGAGAUCUACAGCAUCUCACAGCAGAGGAGGAGCACCGCAGGCAAGGGCCAGUGGUGAGAGGAAACACACGGGAAAGAGGAAAAGAUGCUGCAAAAAUCCAAGCGCUGAGGAGGCAGAUGAACUGCAGAGUCAGACAAGGGGGGCGAAGAAGAGAGCGGCUGGUCUGACCUGACCUGAAGUGAAUUUCAGUCUACUCUGAAUGUUCUCAGUCCAGAUCAGACCAUAUCUUAAUGGAUCCCACCAAAACCGGGUCCCAGGGUGCCAUCAGAACUGGAUGGAAUAGCAGGGGGCUGAAUUGGCAUUAAAUCAGUUUGGGACCUAGUGCACUGUAUAGAACCACAGCCCCUACUGGAAUAUUCCUGUCAACAGGCUGCUGGCCUGUGUGUGUGUGUGUGUGUGAGUGUGUGUGAGUGUGUGAGAGCGUACUCCAGAGAAAGGUCUGCAUUAUAAAUAUAAAUGUCCUUGACCAGCAAAAUUCAUUUCUUCAGUUCUUGUACAGUGCAGUCCUUUGGUCUAAGUAAUUGUGUGUGUGUGUGUGUGUGUGUGUGUGCAUGUGCGCGUGUGUGCUGAACUGUAAAAAAUAAAAACACAUCAAAGUGUGUGUUUGUACGUACUGUAAGCGCUUGUUUUCAUCUCUCUAUAGCUGAACACUUUUUAUCAUCUCAUGAAUUGAGGGCCGAUGCAGAGCAAGAAGAGCCCGCUUUCUGUAAGGGUGCCUUGUACACAGACUGCAGAUGGAUGAGAGGGUGGAGGUCAAAGAACUUGUUGCCUCCAGCUAUGAUGUCACACAUAUGACAUGUAUAAUGGGGACGGGUCAUCUGGGGAGAAGCAGUUUGGUUUUUUUUUUUUUUUUUUUUUUUUGUCUUUCUGUUUGUCCCUGGGUUUUGUUUUUGUAACGGUUUUCAGAACUAAUUUAAGAAAAUCAUAAAAGUUCAUGUAACAUUUUC